AUGGACUGGCAGGGUAACCAGACUCUCAUCUCCCACUUCAUCCUUCUGGGCCUCUUCAGCCACUCACCAUUACACCUCUUCCUCUUCUGCAUCAUCAUGCUCAUGUUUCUGGUGGCCCUGUCUGGCAAUGGGCUCAUGAUCGUCCUCAUCAAUACAGACUCGCGGCUGCACAGCCCCAUGUACUUCUUCCUCAGCUGGCUGUCGCUGAUGGACCUCAUGCUCAUCUCCACCAUUGUGCCCCGCAUGGCGGCUGACUUCCUGCGAGGUGGGGGUGCCAUCUCCUUCACGGGCUGUGGACUGCAGAUCCUCUUCUUCCUCACUCUCCUGGGUGAUGAGUGCUUCCUGCUGGCGUUCAUGGCCUAUGACCGCUAUGUGGCCAUCAGCAACCCCCUGAGGUACUCGGUGGUCAUGAGCCGCCGUGUCUGCUGGCUCAUGGUGGCAGGAUCCUGGCUCUUUGGCCUGGUCGAUGGGUUGAUCCAGGCAGUUCUUACACUCCUCUUUCCCUACUGUGGUCCCCAGAAGAUUGACCACUUCUUCUGUGAUAUUCCCGCUGUGCUCAAACUGGCCUGUGCUGACACCUCCCUCUAUGAAACCCUGAUGUAUGUCUGCUGUGUCCUCAUGCUGCUCCUGCCUUUCUCUGUCAUCUCUGCUUCCUACCUGCGCAUCCUGGUGACUGUGCUCCGUAUGCGGUCUGCAGAAGGCCGUCGAAAAGCCUUUGCCACCUGCUCUUCCCACAUGAUGGUGGUCUCCCUCUUCUAUGGGGCUGCCAUGAUCACCUACAUGCGGCCUCAGGCCUACCACACCUCCAAGCAGGACAAGGUGGUGUCUGCUUUCUACACCAUGAUCACCCCCAUGCUCAAUCCUCUCAUCUACAGUCUGAGAAACAAAGAAGUGACUGGGGCUCUGAGGAAACUCCUGGGAAAGUGUCCCUGUGUGGGCAGGCUGCGACAUUGAGGUUGGGGUCUGAUGAUAUGGAUUCUGCUAUGUGGGAACCUGUACUCGCCAACUGUAGUUUGACUGGCAGAGAACCAGAUUUGCCCCACAGAACAACCAACCAAGCAAGCAGCAGACCAGUUCCAUCCAUCACUCCAUGCUGAUUCCCACUGAUGUGAAAGAAAGCCUGGGCCUAUGAAGGCUACCAAGAAUAGAUGAUCAAAGCUCCUCAUCCAACAGAUGCUGCUGACAAAGUCAAGAAGGGACAGUGUCUCUCUCCAGGAAUAUCUAUGGCUGAAAAAAUCCACAUUCAUUUCAUUCAUGUUCUCCUUUCUAUUUGAGGGCUGCGUGCAUCUCAUUAGUGAUCCUGAAAGACAAUGCUAGCUCUAGGCUCUCAGUGAGGUUCACCUGAGGAAUCAUAAAAAAACUAUU